UCGCAAAGUCACAGACAAGGGCCGCCAUUUUGACUGAGCAACCCUAGUGACAGGAGCCGAAGGAACAGCUCAGGUUGUCCCCGUUUCCCCUCCCCCUUCCCUUCUCCGGUUGACUUCCCGGGCCCCCUACACUCCACAGCCCCGGUCCCGCCAUGUCCCAGAAACAAGAAGAGGAGAACCCUGCGGAGGAGACCGGCGAGGAGAAGCAGGACACGCAGGAGAAAGAAGGUAUUCUCCCUGAGAGAGCCGAGGAGGCAAAGCUAAAGGCCAAAUAUCCAAGCCUAGGACAAAAGCCCGGAGGCUCCGACUUCCUCAUGAAAAGACUCCAGAAAGGGCAAAAGUACUUUGACUCAGGAGACUACAACAUGGCCAAAGCCAAGAUGAAGAAUAAGCAGCUGCCAAGUGCAGGACCAGACAAGAACCUGGUGACCGGUGACCACAUCCCCACCCCACAGGAUCUUCCCCAGAGAAAGUCCUCGCUCGUCACCAGCAAGCUUGCGGGUGGCCAAGUUGAAUGAUGCUGCCCGGGGCUCCGCCAGAUCCUGAGACGCUGCCCCCUGGGUCCUGUGCUGGCUCCUGCCCCUCCCUGCUUUUGCAGCCAGGGGUCAGGAGGUGGCUCGGGCGCGGGCUGGAGAGGCAGAAGCCCCUGCCCGUCGGUGUCCCAGCGCAUGGAGCCCCUUGGGCUGAGCACCAAGACCUUGAACCUUUUUUGUUUUACCUUUUUUCCAAAUAACUGUUGGGAGAAAUCUCAGUGGCAUCCUGGGGGUGCCGGGUGGGGGGUGGUGUUUGAAAGGGUGGGGUGGGAGAUUCGGGGGACUGUGAGUUAGGGCUUGGAAUUGAGCAAAACAUCCCUGACUGUCCUCCCCCUUAACCAUGUGGCUAGUGUGGGGUGGGAGUGAGAGGGAGGCAGUGGAAUACACUAAAGCUGAGGGUUCCGAUUUAGCUCUGUAGAAAAAUGCCAUGUUUGCUUGGAUGCGGCCGGGGACCUGGUGUCAGAGAAAAGCAGCUGUCCAUCUAAAUAUUACAGAUGCAAACAGCUCCUCUGGUUCUGCAGAGCAAACUGAGAACACAAUGUUAAUUGUUUAUUUAAAAAAAAAAAAGUCCUUGGAAUAGAUUUGCUGUGGGGAGAAGGGCAGUGAGUGUGGGAGUCCCACAGAGCCCAGGGGACUUUUUUUCAGUAUUUGAAAUAAAAAAAAAAAUUUAAAAAAAGACCCACAAAAAACCCAACCCAGAAAUA